AUGUCUGAUGGAAGCGAUGAUGAAGGAACUGAGCCCACGGAUGUGCGAAUGUUCAUCCAAGCUUUUCAUGACGAACCGCGCAUGAAAUCGGUUGGCAUGACGGUGCUCAUUGACCAAAGUGGUCACUUGUUCGGCAAAAAGAAGUGCAGCAUCAAAGAUCUCAUUGUCAACAAAGAGGUGCUCCUAGCGGUGGUAAAGGCAUUGGGAGACCGUCCAAGAGUAUCCGCUUAUACUCUGCAAGAUGCAUUGCUGGGCUUUUAUACAGAAGCAAAGCUAUACCCCUCGGGUGUGUUUUCGGAGAUUCCUGCUGUCCAAGAUUGGGCAUUGAAACAAGCUAUUGGCAUCAAGAAGUUGGUUUCGAGAUUGCGUCGGUUGAUGAAGCGCUCAAGCACUUCAAAGCACAGAAAGCUUACAGAGGUCAAAGCCAUUGCCCGGCGCAGUGGUUGGUGUAAGGAGAGCGAUGAGCGGGCGAGUCUGGGUGAUCCGGACGAUCUCGAGGAGCUGGCAUCUUCGUCCACAACGACACCUGGCUCGUCGGAAGUGUCUUUGGCAUCGGGAUCAACGGGUUUGGCUGGUUCCAAAUUGGAACGUGUCAUCCAGCAGCUAAAGGAUAUCAAACUUCGCUGGGAAACCCCGGCGCCAGUGAUGGCACCACCUGAUCAAACUCCAGGAAAAAUGACAGCCAUGAAUUGUGUGACUGUGGACUCCUCUGAUGAGGAGGGCCUUGUAAGUCAUGAACAUGGGGAUCCACCAGCACCAGCGUCGUCAGUUGACUCCAAGAACUCAACCCUUUCUCCAUCCCAGCGUGUUGCCCAGUUUUUGUUGGCGAAGAAAAAUGCCAGGCUAGUUGCUGCAAAAGCGGCAGUGGGUAAUCCCGAGAAAACACCAGACCCCGGCAGUGAUACAAACCCGUAUGUGCUGCCCGAUCACGUUUUGCAAACCAUGGGGAAGAUUUCAUCUCCCCCUACGGCUUUUUCUUUGAAGUCACAAUAUGUCCAAGAGGUUUCAAAGGCUAGGGCUGCCAGUGGUGUCGAGCCUUCGGAGGAUGAGGAAGUUCAGGCAGCAGACACCAAACAGGACGUGAAGGAAAAGGACACAGUGAAGGGUGAUGACACAAACUCAUGGAAUUAUAACGCGGUCCGUAGUGCUUACAUAAAAGAGAUAAGGGAACGUGAUGGACUUUCAUUUGCCGAAGCAAAGACUUCAUGGGACAAUUCUGACCAGAAAUGUGAAUAUUUGGGGUCCGUUUCUGUUUCAGAAUUGAAGCGUCGCAAGUUUAUUGCGAAAGGUGUUUCGGAGAAUCCAUGGGCGAAAGGCAAGUUCAGCAAAUAG